UGUUUAAAGAAAAAAAAAGUCCCAAUCAUUCACCAUUGCCAAUCAUUUAUCUUUAUUUGCAUCGCAGACCCAAGUUCUAUACAACAUCACCACCAUCACGAUGCCGUCUACACAUAAAAAGGAGAAGCCAUGGGAUACCGACGAUAUAGACAAGUGGAAAGUCGAACCCUUCAAACCCUCAGAUAAUGUUGGUGGAACCUUUGCGGAAGAAUCCUCAUUUGCAGUCCUAUUCCCUCGAUAUCGUGAAGUUUAUCUUAAAGAGGCAUGGCCUGGCGUGACGCAGGCACUCCAGCAACAAGGCAUCGCGUGCACACUAGAUCUUGUCGAAGGUUGCAUGACGGUCAAGACGACGAGAAAGACGUACGACCCCGCUGCCAUCCUCAAGGCUCGCGACCUCAUCAAACUAUUAGCCCGUAGCGUACCUGCGCCCCAAGCAUUAAAAAUACUUCAGGACGAUAUGGCGUGCGAUAUCAUCAAGAUAAGAAACCUAGUGCGCAAUAAGGACAAGUUCGUAAAGCGACGGCAGAGAAUCCUCGGACCAAACGGCCAAACACUAAAAGCGCUCGAGCUCCUCACACAGACUUACAUCCUCGUCCAAGGAAACACCGUCAGCGCCCUUGGCCCUUACAAGGGGCUUAAGGAAGUGCGCCGAGUAGUAGAAGACUGCAUGGCGAACAUCCACCCCAUCUACCAGAUCAAGGAGCUCAUGAUCAAGCGGGAGCUAGCCAAGGACCCAGAGUUAGCGCACGAGAACUGGGAGCGGUUCCUGCCCAACUACAAGAAGCGCAGUCUAAGCAAGCGCAUAGUGCCGUACAAGGUCACGGACAAGAGCAAGAAGGUGUACACGCCCUUCCCGCCGCCCCAGGAGAAGAGCAAGGUCGACAUGCAGAUCGAAGCCGGCGAGUACCACCUCGCCAAGGAGGCCAAGAAGCGCAUCGCCCACGAGGAGCGCAUGGAGAAGCAGAAGGUCAAGCAGGAGGAGAAGAAGCGCCAGCGGGAACAAGACUUCAUCGCGCCGGAAGAAGAAAACGGGUCGUCGGAGAGGAAGAAAAAGAAGCGGAAGAGCAAAGACGACGAGUAGGCGUAGUAGUAGUAGUGGUAGUAGUAGCAGCGUUGUCGCCUGCACAAGGGGUUUAUGUAUUACUACUUCUAGCCGUGAUCCUUUUUUUCGAACAUCUUUACGAUACCCACGAAAUUCCGAAAGUACAUACAUCACAUCAAGACUUUGGGAGGGGUUGGUUGCCCUUUCAAACAUGACUGGCUUCGUGAUGUGAUGCGUAGAUGAUGAUUCCGCUAUGGAAAAGAAAAAGAAAAAAGUUUUUGGCCUAAUCUACCUAUGUUUUAGAUUGCCUUACCGCAGACAC